AUGUCUGCUGUCGCUGCACCCGUGGCGAGCACGUCGGCUGCCACCAUCGAGGCAAAGAAGCGCAAACGCAAGCGCACCCACAAGAAGAGCGCCGCCGCUUCGACAACCGACUCGAACGCUCCCGCUCCCGCCACGCCCGCUCAGCCGGCAGAAGAGGACGUCGAGCCGUUGAUUGAGCCCGAGUUUGAGCCUGCGGCGGAGGAGGAGGACGCUGGAAAGAAGGGCAAGGGCGCAAAGAAGCGCAAGGACGACGGACGAGGCGAUGCGGGUCCCGCGUUCGAGGUCGAGCACGAGGGGCAGGCGGACGGGACACAGUCAGGCGACGCAGCAUCAGAUGCGCUUGCGCUCAUGACCGGAGCGAAGGUGGCGCCCGAGCCCAAGUCGCGGGCAUUCUCGUCGCUCGACUUGAGCGAGGGAACGAGGAAGGCGAUCGAGGGCAUGGGGUUCAAGGAGAUGACCGAGGUGCAGGCGAGGACUAUCCCGCCUCUGCUUGCGGGCAAGGACGUCCUCGGUGCGGCAAAGACGGGCUCGGGAAAGACGCUCGCCUUCCUCAUCCCCGCCAUCGAGAUGCUCCACCGGCUCAAGUUCAAGCCGCGGAACGGAACGGGCGCCAUCGUCGUCACCCCAACCCGCGAGCUCGCCCUUCAGAUCUUCGGUGUUGCCAAAGAGCUAUGCGAGCACCAUAAUCAGACUUUCGCCAUUGUCAUGGGCGGUGCGAACCGCAAGGCCGAGGCGGAGAAGCUCGCGAAGGGCGUCAACCUGCUCAUUGCGACGCCUGGACGAUUGCUUGAUCACCUGCAGAACACGAAGGGCUUCGUCUUCAGCAACCUCCGCGCGCUCAUCAUCGACGAGGCGGACCGCAUCCUCGAGAUUGGGUUCGAGGACGAGAUGAGGCAGAUUGUCGCGCUCCUGCCUAAAGAGAACCGCCAGUCAAUGCUCUUCUCCGCCACCCAGACGACCAAGGUUACCGACCUCGCUCGUGUCUCCCUCCGCCCCGGCCCGCUCUACAUCAACGUCGACACGAAGAGCGAGACCUCGACCGCGAACAACCUCGAGCAAGGCUACGUCGUGUGCGACUCGGACAAGCGGUUCCUCCUCCUCUUUACCUUCCUCCGCAAGAACCUCAAGAAGAAGGUCAUUGUGUUCUUCUCGAGCUGCAAGAGCGUGCAGUACCAUGGAGAACUGCUCAACUACAUUGACGUGCCCGUCCUCGACCUCCACGGCAAGCAAAAGCAACAAAAGCGCACCAACACCUUCUUCGAGUUCUGCAACGCCCCCACCGGCAUCCUCCUCUGCACCGACGUCGCCGCUCGCGGCCUCGACAUCCCCAAAGUCGACUGGAUCAUCCAGUUCGACCCGCCCGACGACCCUCGCGACUACAUCCACCGCGUCGGACGCACUGCGCGCGCGGGCAAGCAGGGGAAGAGCUUGUUGUUCCUCUUGCCGAGCGAGUUGGGAUUCCUCAGGUUCUUGAAGGUCGCCAAGGUCCCGCUCAACGAGUACAGCUUCCCGAACGACAAGAUUGCCAACGUGCAGGGUCAGCUCGAGAAGCUCAUCGCCAAGAACUACUACCUCCACCAAUCCGCGCGCGACGGUUUCCGCGCCUAUAUCCAAUCCUACGCCUCGUACUCUCUCAAAACCAUCUUUGACGUGACCCAACUCGACCUCGCGAAAGUCGCCAAAGCGUUCGGCUUCUCGACUCCGCCGGCGGUCAACAUCAAUGUUGGACGGAGCGCGAAGGGGAAGAAGAGGAAGGAUCAUCCGAAGGCUGGGGAGUCGAGUGAGGAGGAGAAUGAGAGUGAGGAGGAGGACGAGAAUGAGCGCGAGAGGAGGGCGAAGAUGGCGCGUCGCGGGGGGAGCAACCAGGCGAAGCGUCGCGAGGUCGAGGGGAAGAAGGCUGAGAAGGAUUUUUAUCGUGAGCCGGGGAGGGAGAAGCUGAAGAACGCAGGGGGGACGCAGUGGAGUCGGUAG